AUGACAUCCCUCUAUCACAAAGUCAUUUCCAUCUUCCUCCUCUGGCUGGGGACAUACAAUGUUGGACACGCCUCCUCCACACCCGAUUCCAACACCAACCUUGCGAAACGCCAGACCAGGUACUGCAACCCAACAUCCAACAUUUGCUACCUCUCGUACGCAAGAAGCGCCUCCACGCCCACCUUCCGCAUCGCUAUUCCCGAUGGCUCCUCACCCCCCUUCGACACCCUCCUUCAAAUCAUCGCCCCGGUAGACAUCGGCUGGGCCGGCUUCUCCUGGGGCGGCGGCAUGACGCUGAACCCGCUCACCGUUGCCUGGCCCAACGGCAAUAACGCCACCGUCUCCUCGCGCUGGGCAACCGGCCGAACCCUCCCAACCCUCUACCCCUCCGCCACAUACCGCACCCUCUCCGCAAGCCGGAACAGCACGCACUGGACCGUCGAGACAGUCUGCUCCGGAUGCAGCCGGUGGAGCGGCGGGUCGCUGAGCACGACAGGCGUGAACACGUUUGCGUGGGCCUACAGCCGUACGGCGGUGCAACAGCCCGCCAACACGGCGAGCAGCUUCGCCUACCACAACAACGUGGGCAUGUUCUCGAGCGCGCUGGACCAGGCCAAGGUGCCCCGGGCUACCUUUGACCAGUACGUCAGGGGUGCAAGGUAGGAGCACCGUGGUGGCUGAAGGUAUAAGGGGAACCGAGGGUGAUAUGGUAUUAGGCUGGCUGAUCGUGAG